AGCUGCUUUGUGCGCGCCGAGAGGGACUCGGGUCCCUGGUUUUCCCCAAACCUGGGACCCGAUGUGCGGGCAGGGGCUGGGCAAGCCGGAGAGCCGAGCAGUUUCCUCCGAGAAAGUUGAGGAUGGAGCCUUUCUUUCCUCACUGUCCCCGCGGUAGGAUGGUCGCGGGGGUGCCGCCCCGAGGCCCCCAGUGUGGAGGAGCUGAGUGGGUCGCUGUGCCCCUGGGCUAAGUUCCUCCACCCCCGGCAGAAAUCCACGAAUCACCCAGAUCUUCGCUUCCCUGGCUGGCUUCUAGGAAAAUCAUUCGUGCCAACACUGAGAAAACCCACCACGUGCUCUGCUCACUUGGCCAACAAUGAGUGCCAAGUCUGCCAUCAGCAAGGAAAUUUUUGCACCUCUUGAUGAAAGGAUGCUGGGAGCUGUCCAAGUCAAGAGGAGGACAAAGAAAAAGAUUCCUUUCUUGGCAACUGGAGGUCAAGGCGAAUAUUUAACUUACAUCUGCCUGUCAGUGACAAACAAGAAACCCACACAGGCAUCCAUCACGAAGGUCAAACAGUUUGAAGGCUCCACGUCGUUCGUGCGGCGAUCACAGUGGAUGCUUGAGCAGCUUCGCCAGGUUAAUGGCAUCGAUCCUAAUCGGGAUUCUGCAGAGUUCGAUUUGUUGUUUGAAAAUGCUUUUGACCAGUGGGUAGCCAGCACAGCCUCAGAAAAAUGCACCUUCUUCCAGAUCCUGCACCACACCUGCCAGCGCUACCUCACAGACAGGAAGCCGGAGUUUAUUAACUGCCAGUCCAAAAUCAUGGGAGGAAACAGCAUCCUCCAUUCAGCAGCCGACAGCGUGACCAGUGCAGUACAGAAGGCAAGCCAGGCCUUGAAUGAGCGUGGGGAGCGGUUAGGCCGUGCAGAGGAGAAGACGGAAGACAUGAAGAACAGCGCCCAGCAGUUUGCAGAAACGGCACACAAGCUGGAGAGUCGGGCACACCUUCUGGAUGCAGCAGAAGAUCUCUGGUUUUCUCGCCUUCCUCAGGACUCCUGCAGUGACCCAGCUUGCCAUGAAGCACAAAUGUUGAGAAACUGCCUCUCCUGGUGACCUCUUAAGAGAAAUUGAAGUUUGUUCAGCAGUUUUUACAAGAAUUCCGGACCUCCGCUUGCUUUUUUUUUUUUCCCCAAAAUAUGGACAUUUAGGUUGUUUUUCCUUUUCAGGUGUUAACAUGAAAGAAAAGAUGUUGUGUUUAUACAUUUCCCUAAUAAUCUUGCUAAGAAAUGCUGCAUAGCUUCAUUUUUUUUUCCCACUGUGUGUAUGUGUGUGUUUGUAUGUGUUUUGUCUUUUUUUAAGGUUGUUUUUUUUUUUUAGUUUGAACGUGGUAUUUGGACCAAAUGAUAUACUGAGCUAGGACUAAACUGUAUUUUUUUCCUGAUAUUAAGCAGGAAGACAUUUUAAUGUGGUGACAUCAGGUGUUAUUGUUCCUGGUUGGAAAUAAAAGUCAAGCAGUGAUUGGUUUCACUCAGUCUCUUAGCUAUUCUUAAUUUGAAGGUUAAGAUUCUAUAUCCUGAGACAUAAAUCUGUAUUAUGGAAAACAAUUGGAUUUAUCAGGGGAAACAGCAGUCUUAGAUUUUGCUUUUUGUGUAGUAAUUUUUUGCAUGAGCCAUCACCAGCAUUCAAAAAAAAAAAAAAAAAAAACAAA